CGUCCGGCCCCGGCAGGGAGCGGGGAUGCAGAGGGCGGCGCUGACCGGAAUUUGCGGCCUCCUGCGCGGGGGGGCCCGACCGGGGCCGCAGGUCGUUUCCUGGCAGCUGGUUUGUCUCUUUCACACUGGUCUCCGUGCCUUUGCGGCCGAUAAGGAGCUGCUGGUGAAGCUCAGGAGGAAAACCGGUUAUUCCUUCGUGAAUUGUAAGAAAGCCUUAGAGAAGUUCAGUGGCGACUCCAAACAGGCUGAAGCCUGGCUGCAUGAGCAGGCCCAAAAGGAGGGAUGGAGCAAAGCUUCCAAACUGCAGGGCAGGAAGACAAAAGAAGGCCUUAUCGGGCUGCUGCAGGAGGGGAACGCAGCAGUGAUGGUGGAGGUGAACUGCGAGACAGACUUUGUGGCCAGAAAUGUCAAAUUUCAACAGUUAGUUCAACAAGCAGCAACUGGGACAAUGUUCCACCAUCAAGGCGCUAAGGACCAGUUAACCACAUAUAUCAAGCGUUUCAUGAAGGCAGCUGAGCUUUCUCAACUGCGGACCGGGCCUGCUGGAUGUUUGCUCAGUGACCAGCUCGCUCUAGCUAUAGGUAAACUCGGGGAGAACAUGGCUAUCACGAGGGCUGUCUGGGUGGCCGUGCCAGCGACCUACUACAUUGGCUCUUACGUCCACGGGGCGCUGCCAGCGGAUAAUCCCGCCCUCACUAACAUGGCGCUUGGGAAGUAUGGUGCCUUAGUGAUCUGCCAAGCCUCUGACCAGAGCCAGAAGUCAAACCUUGCUGAUCUAGGCCGGAGGCUGGGUCAGCAUGUAGUGGGAAUGGCCCCUCUGUCGGUGGGAUCUCUGGAGGAUGAACCUGGCGGAGACACGGAAACCAAAAUGCUUGCCCAACCUUUCUUGCUGGACCCCAGCAUUACCCUGGGCCAGUACGUGCAGCCCCAAGGUGUGUCUGUGCUGGACUUCGUGCGGUUCGAGUGCGGAGAGGACCCUGAGAUACCAGAAGCGGAGCAGACGCAGCAACGUCUCACACAGGAAGAAAACGCUUCGUAAUCUCACGUCUGCGGCCGUGGGCCGGGCGUUUACAUAUCGGAUCAGUAAGGAAAUAAUGAUGAGACGGGAUCAAUAGUGAAUUAAUCUCACAUGUGCUGGACAUUUAAUACAGGGAACUUUUUUUGCAAAGCAUUAAAGGACCUUGGUAACUGUCCUGUA